AUGAGUCAGCAGUAUGAUGUGGCUGACACAGUCAAAGCCAUGUCAGCGAACCAGGAUGGCCAGCAAGAGGAAGAGGUCGCCGUCUUGCCAGUUCCCCAAGUCUGGCCUCUUGGCCUUGAGAGGAGCAAGCUUGUUGGCAGGCACCAGGGCACAGUUGCAGAGCCUGCUGCCCUGCCAGCAUUUGACCUCUCUCUCUGCUGCAGGUGGGCGGACAACUUUGUGGCCCAGGGCUGCGGAGGCAGCAAGGAGCACAACUUCCAGCAUCCUUUCCUCCAGGCAGUGGGCAUGUUCCUGGGAGAGUUCUCCUGCCUGGCUGCCUUCUACCUACUCCAAUGCAGAGCUGCGAGGCAGCCAGAUGCCAGCAUGGAUCCCCAGCAGCCCUUCAACCCCCUUCUUUUCUUACCCCCAGCCCUCUGCGACAUGGCUGGGACCAGCAUCAUGUAUGUGGCCCUGAACAUGACCAGUGCCUCCAGUUUCCAGAUGCUGCGAGGAGCAGUGAUCAUAUUCACAGGCCUGUUCUCGGUGGCCUUCCUGGGGCGGAGGUUGGUGCUGAGCCAGUGGCUGGGCAUCCUUACAACCAUUGCAGGGCUGGUGGUUGUGGGCCUGGCUGACCUCCUGAGCAAGCAUGACGAUCAGCACAAGCUCAGCGAUGUGAUCACAGGGGACCUGUUAAUCAUCAUGGCACAGAUCAUCAUCUCUAUCCAGAUGGUGCUAGAGGAGAAGUUCGUCUAUAAGCACAACGUGCAUCCCCUGCGGGCAGUUGGCACCGAGGGCCUCUUUGGUUUUGUCAUCCUCUCCCUGCUGCUGGUGCCCAUGUACUACAUGCCCGCUGGGGCCUUCAGUGGGAACCCUCGAGGGACACUGGAAGAUGUGCCGGAUGCCUUCUGCCAGGUGGGCCGACAGCCACUCAUCGCCCUGGCGCUGCUGGGCAACAUAGGCAGCAUUGCUUUCUUCAACUUUGCGGGCAUCAGCGUCACCAAGGAGCUGAGUGCCACUACUCGCAUGGUGCUGGACAGCCUACGCACUGUUGUUAUCUGGGUACUGAGCCUGGCACUGGGCUGGGAGGCCUUCCACCCACUGCAGAUCCUUGGCUUCCUCAUCCUCCUGCUAGGCACUGCCCUCUACAAUGGGCUGCAUCGCCCCCUGCUGACCCGCCUGUCCUGGAGCCGGUCCCCAGUGGCGGAGGACAGUGAACACGAGAGACUGCUCAGUGGCUCUCGGACUCCCAUCAAUGAUGCCAGCUGAACGUCCUGCGAGUUCUCUGCUGCUCCCAGGAUGUACCUUGUUCACCCUGAAGCUGAGGCCACACAAGCUGGUGAGCCGCAAGUGCCCUGUUCCCAAGGCCUCACUCUGCCCCUCCCCAAAAGACUCCCAGGGCAGCUGUUGCCAGAGAAGACAACACAACACCUAGGUGCUGCUUCGACACCACCCCUGAGUUGUUUCAGCCCCCAUAGGCCUGAGUGCAGUGACUGACCCCCACUAGGCUCCCCACAGCCCUCCAGGCCCCUCCUGCAGCACCAGAGCUAAAUCAUGAAAUAGAAUUGCAAGAACUAAUGACCCUAGGAUUUCUCCCAAAUCAUAAGCUAAAUCUGGUUCUCCAAAGAAGAGAGGUCAGUGAGCAAAUUCAAAACAGAACUGAACACUGUGUUUUCUAAAACAUAAGAUGUUCUCUAGCCCUGUUUGGAGACCAAGGUUCUAGUUCUCCCCAGCCCAUCACCUAGUCACUCUGGGCCUUGGUGUGUCCUGUCUGUACAGCAGAAGGUAUGGCUACUGUGACUUUAGUAUCUUCCCCCCCAGCUGGGCCCAUGCUGUGGGCCUAAGACCUGGCCAACCUGGGAAAGGAGUAACACCCACUACUGGGAACGCCCCUCUGCCCACAGUGCCACCGUCUCCUGCCUUCUUCCCUGUCCUUGCUCACACCCCUCAAGGCCUCCAUGCUUGGAAGAGAUUAUGGGGAAUUCCAGGCAGCUCUUGGUAACAGCGUGUAUGAACUAUUUACCUUCCAUUUCAAAGAUGAGGAACCUGAGGCCUAGAACUUGAAAGUUAUUGAGCAAGAGGGCUCUCCUGCUGUGGACUCUGGCCAUGCAGCCAUGUGGUCCGGCAGCAAGCUGGGCUCAGGAGUACAUCUGGGCCUCAGCCCCUCCCCAGUAACAUGACUCUCUAGAGACCCUUCCAGGGUGACGGAUCUACCAGGAUUCUACCACUUAGAUUUAUUCUGGUAUCAUAGGCAUCGUAAGUGCUUACCUUUCAUUCUCUCGCAUAACAGCCUGUCCAGGUGGAUGCAGAAGAAACCUGUGACCUAGAUAAGGUUAAGUGACUUUCUCACAGAGCCAGUAUUCCAAGCUAGGUUUUCCUGAUUCCAAACGUGUGGCCCCACCUACCAUACAGGUCUCUCUGGGAUCUCGGGGGGAAUUUCCUAUGGCUGGGAUAGAAUAAUUGUGCUGUUGUCCCCGGUAAUCCCACCCUGAAGAGAGAGGACUAGUAUCAGGGACCCCAGUUUGCUGAGCAGCCCUUCGUUCCAGUGUCCUUGGCAGUUUCUGGAACCUCAGACCAUUUUCCUGGGCAGCAGCUCAGUCCUAAAACAAAACACUGGAUGCCUUUCUUAAAAUAGAUUCUGGGGAAGGGAUCCUUGACAAGCAAAGCCCUCAGGCUGUGUGGGAAUCUAGCAGUUACUAUAGCUUGUUGGGAGAGGAGGGCCUCUCCAUCCCACUAGCUCCUGGUCCCAGGGGCCCCUGAGCUGCUGUGGGCCACCGUGUAUGUCACAGAGAGAAGGAAAUGGGGAAUGAGGGUGGUGGGGAUUACAGGUGCUUUGUCCUAAUGCCUGGGGCUCUAGAAUAUUGUUUUAGGGCUUUAUUCUAAAAAGAAAAGGGAAAUUGGCA